AUGGAGGAAGGAGACACAAUUGCCCGAAACCUACAAAAGGAGCUAGAUGCAGCAGCUUGCGACACGCCUGGUGUCGAUCCGUCGUCUGUCUUGAAGGAGAAGUUAGGAUGCAGCCUACUUAUGCCUGAGAAGGAGAGACGGAUCCCCCUCUUUUCAAGUAGUCCUUCGUUCGAGUUUCAAAAUGGUGAAGCCGCUUUGAAAAGACCGGCUACGGUACCAACUACAUCCCCUGACGAGCGUACGUACACCCGGGCCGAAGUGGAGGCCAUGAUCACUACGGCCAUUCGCAAUUACACUCAAUCUCUGCCCCAGGAUAACCGACCUAAGAGAGACCUGAGACGCUCUCCGAACGAGGGCCGAGCCGAAGAUGAGUGCGACAGUUAUUCGGAGAAUCGAGGAGGCAACAGUCAUGGCGUUAGGACGGAGGUUGACAGCCUAAGGUGCGAUAUGGAUGAGUUAAAAGCCUUGCGGAGUGGACCGACACGAGAUCUCGCGGGAUCUAGUCCUUUCGCCAAACAUCUCGAUAGCGACCCCAUACCAGCUAAUUACCGACCAAUUCUGUUCGAAUACAACGGCGCGUCAGAUCCAGCCGAGCAUCUGAGUCAUUUCAACAACACCGCAUCCCUCCACCAGCUCACGGAGGGAGUGAAGUGUCGUGCCUUCGUCAUCACCUUAGCUGGGCCAGCCCAGGCCUGGUUCGGUUUGUUGCCCCCCGGGAGCGUGCAUUCCUUUGGACAAUUUGGCAAGGCCUUCAUGAAUCAAUUUGCAAGCUCGAAGAAGUGCAAGAAGACCUCUCUGUCAUUAUUCAGCAUUCGUCAGAAGGAGAAGGAAAGCCUCAGGAACUACAUCAAGCGGUUCACUUCGGCCACCUUAGAGGUCCCCACCACUAGUGAUGAGGUGCUCAUGGCAGCCCUUUCGCAAGGACUAAGAGAUGAUGAGUUUUUCCGAGCUUUAGAGCUGGAACCUUCGCCUGAUUUUGAUAAUCUUCUAGAGAGAGCAUCUAGGUUCAUUGACUUGGAAGAGGCUCGCCAGCAGAAAGUGGAAGAAUCUCACCAAACCGCGAACGCACGAGUUAACGAAAUGAAGAGAGGUAAGGAGCCCAUGUUACCUCGAAGGGAUGCCAAUACUCCCAGUCGGGGCACUGCCCCGGAUGCUAAGGGAUCUCGAUAUCAAUCAUAUCAGCCUCUUACAGCCCCUUUGUCCCAUGUAUUGUGCGCAAUCGAGAAAAGAGCUGAUUUGCGGUGGCCUCGGACCGCUCGCGAAGCCCCUCGCCGAGAUCCAACGCUGGGUACCUUUUGUCGUUUUCAUAACGAAUAUGGACAUACGACUGACGAUUGCGCGCAUCUGAAAGACGAGGUGGAACGCCUCAUCAGAGACAACAAGAUUGGAGAUUUUGUGAAGAUAGACCCACCUCGGGGACAAAAGCGCGAAGCUCAGUUCGGAAAUCCUACGCGAGUUCCGCCCCCACCACCACCUCCGAAAAGAGGAUUUAUUCAGAUGAUUUCAGGGGGACCUACGGGAGGAGAUACUCACCGGGCUAGGAGGCGCCAUCUCGGCGAUCUUAAGAACAAUCGCGAAGUUUGUCAGAUUUCUACAUCGAAGUAUCGUCAAUACCCCACUAUCUCGUUUGGACCUGAAGAUGAAGUGGACCUUGAUGAUUUCCAUUGCGAUCCUCUCCUCAUCACGAUUAACGUCGGAGGGUAUGACGUUGCUCGCGCUUUCGUCGAUCCAGGGAGUUCAGUGGAUGUCAUAUCUUACGAGUGUUUCCUACAAAUGGAGCUCGACCUCCCAGUCUUCCCCGUCACCACUCCAAUAUUUGGUUUUACUGGGGGAUCCCUAACACCGGUUGGGCAGGUUAAAAUCCCUGUUACUAUAGGAACGCCACCUCGAGCUCGCACGCAAACUGUCAAUUUUGUCAUCGUUGAAGGAUCGCCGACCUCUUACAAUAUCGUAAUAGGACGGCCAAUGAUGCAUAUCUUUCGGGCGGUCCCUUCGACUAUUCAUCAAAAGCUUAAGUUCCCGGUCGAUGGAAUGGUAGGAGAGGUCAAAGGUGAUCAGGCCCAGUCGAGAUCAUGUUAUGUCGAAAUGGUUAAGGUAGCGGAGAAAGGGCGACGCGAUACUUUCACUAAAGAAGAUUUGGGAGACGAGAAACGCCCCUGGAUCGAUCCGGAGGACAAAGUUAAUCAUGUACAGCCCAUGGACGAGUUGAUGACGAUUGACCUCGUCCCUGGUGAGGUAAAACAAACCCAGAUAAGCAAAGAUCUAGAGCCACCUCUCCGAGAUGAGCUGAUAGCGUUAUUGCGAUCUAACGAAGACAUCUUCGCCUGGCAACCAAGUGACCUAACCGGUAUUGCACCUCGUACUGCUGUGCAUAGGCUCAAUUUGCGACCUGAGUGCAAGCCCGUCAAGCAAAAACGACGACAUUUCGGUACUGAAAAAGACGAAAUCAUAAAAAAAGAGGUUCAGCGACUUCUGGACAUCGGGCAUAUCAGGGAAAUCCAAUUCCCUACAUGGCUGUCCAACGCAGUGUUAGUACAGAAGGCCAACGGACAGUGGCGAAUGUGCAUCGAUUUCAGGGACUUAAACAAGGCUUGCCCAAAGGACGAUUAUCCCUUGCCUCGCAUAGACCAGCUUGUAGAUGCCACUGCUGGAUGCGAACUACUUAGUAUGAUGGAUGCUUCACAGGGAUAUCACCAGAUCCCAUUAGACGAAAAGGAUCAGCCAGCGGUAAGUUUUGUCACCGCUACGGGUACUUACUGUUACGUGGUGAUGCCCUUUGGUCUGAAAAAUGCGGGGGCCACGUAUCAAAGAUUGAUGGAUAGAAUGUUUCGGGCUCAGCUCGGGCGUAACAUCGAGGUCUACGUUGAUGACAUGCUGGUUAAAAGCAAAAGGCGUUCUACACACCUCGCAGAUUUAGCUGAAACCUUUGCCACCCUUCGCCUAUACGGAAUGAAACUGAACCCCGCGAAGUGCGCAUUUGCAGUGAAAGCUGGAAAAUUCCUGGGAUAUGUUGUUAAUCGAGAAGGUAUUAAAGUAAACCAAGACAAGGUUGAGGCCGUACUCCGAAUGACACCCCCCCGUUCCAUCAAAGAAGUCCAAUCCUUAGCAGGGAAGGUGGUGGCCUUAGCUCGGUUUAUAUCACGGAUGGCUGAUAAGAUUCUACCUUUCUUCAAAAUACUGAGGAAAACAGCUCAGUUCGAAUGGACUACCGAAUGCCAGCUCGCAUUUGACGCCUUAAAACGUUCACUCACUUGUUUGCCCAUUCUUAGCACUCCUGAAAAAGGUGAAACUCUGUUCGUAUACCUAUCGGUAGGCGACGAAUCAAUCAGCUCGGUCCUGUUCAAGGAGGUGAAUAAUCAGCAAAGACCGAUCUAUUACACUAGUAAAAUCCUCACUACUUCGGAAAGUAGAUAUUCCGAAGUCGAGAAAAUAGCAUAUGCGUUGGUCCUCACUACGCGACGGCUCCGACCUUACUUCUUAUCGCAUACCAUGGUAAUCCGUACGAGUCUACCACUUCGGCAAACCCUAGGUCAGCCUACCGCAUCAGGACGAAUUGUUAAAUGGGCCAUCGAACUAGGGCAAUAUGAAAUUCAAUAUCAACCCCGUACUUCGGUUAAAGGGCAGGCAUUGGUAGACUUCAUCCGAGAAACUACCAGGAUACCUAUCGAAAAGGAGUGGAAAAUUUACGUGGAUGGUUCGUCUACGGCAACAGGAGCAGGAGCCGGGAUAAUAGUCAUUGAUCCCACAGGAAUGAAGGUAGAGUUUGCUGUCAAAUUACCUCGAGUUUCCAAUAAUGAAGCAGAAUACGAAGCCUUCAUCCGAGGUAUGGAAAUUGCUCAAGAGCUCGGUGCGCGGGUAGUACGAAUAAACUCUGAUUCCCAACUAGUAAUACACCAGUUAGAAGGCGACUACGAAGCAAAGAAUGAUCGAAUGAAGGGAUAUGUGAACAAAGCUCGAGCGGUACAAGAAACCUUCGAAGCUUGUACUGUACAUCAGAUCCCAAGAAGUGACAACCAGCGAGCCGAUUUCCUCGCUAAAAUUGGGUCGUCGGUCGCCGAUUGUGUGGAAAGGAAAAUCACUAUCCUUAUUGCUCCCACCCCAGCACUAGGGGUCAUGAUGAUCGACGAAGAGCCUGACUGGAGAACACCUUUGUUCAAAUAUUUCAAAGGAGAGCGAACUGGCACCGGAAGAGAACAACAUCGCUUGGCAUAUAAAGCGAGGCACUUUUACGUACGACACGAAAUAUUAUAUAAAAGGAAUUUCACCACAAUAGAUGCGAGGUGUUUGGGAAAGCAGGAGGUUAAACACGUUCUUGACGAAGUACAUCGAGGUGGUUGUGGUGAACACGGAGGAGCUCGGGCCCUCGUACAGAAGUUACAUCGGGCUGGAUAUUAUUGGCCCGGCAUGAAGAACGACACUCAUCGAUACGUUCAGCGUUGCAUACAAUGUCAGAAAUAUGCCCCACUUAUCCAUAAAUCGGGGGAGGAAAUGAUUAUCAUGAGUGCCCCGUGUCCCUUUGCCCAAUGGGGAAUUGACCUGGUAGGACCAUUCCCUCAAACCACCGGUAGGAAGAAAUUCAUCAUUGUUGCGGUAGAUUACUUUACCAAGUGGGUUGAGGCUGAGGCCUUAUCAAAAAUAUCAGAGGACGAGGUCAUGCAUUUUAUUUGGAAGAAUAUAUGUUGUCGGUUUGGUCUGCCUCGAAGCCUCGUAUCGGAUAAUGGCACUCAAUUCAACGGCAAGAAAAUUCGCGCAUGGUGCGAGGAAAUGAAAAUAGCACAGAAGUUUGUCGCGGUAGCGCACCCCCAGGCCAAUGGCCAAGUGGAAUCCACAAACCGGACCAUUGUCAACGGUUUGAAGAAGAGAAUAGACGAGUUAGGGGGAAGCUGGGUAGACGAGCUGCCCUCAGUCCUUUGGUCUUACCGGACUACAGCCAAAGCAGCUACUGGCGAGACACCAUUCCGAUUAACCUAUGGAACCGAAGCUGUUAUUCCGGUCGAGGUAGCAAUGGACACACUCCGCAUCACCACGUUUAAUGAGAAAACAAACGAUGAUGCCUUGAGAACACAGCUGGAUGAGGUCUUCGAUCUACGAGAAGCAGCGUAUUUACACAUGGAACGAAAUAAGAACUUGAUCAAAGCUCGAUACGAUCAAGGGGUGCGAUCUCGUUCAUUCCAGAUCGGUGAUCUCGUCCUACGACGAGCUGACGCACUAAAACACCAGGAAAGUUAG